AUGGCGAGUGCUGUCAACGAGAGCGCGGAAGUCAACGUGAGCGUUCUGAAUUUGGCAGGGGACGUUGUGGCUACCUGGCGCGGAGCCGUGGAGACAUCCAUCCAGACGGUGAAGAGAGAAGUGGCCAAGAGAGGCGGACCUCCACCGGCCUGUCAAGUCUUAAGUCUCGAGGAAAAUCACUUGAAGGAUGAGGAAACCUUUCGAGAUUUGAAGUGCACAGGAGAUCUGACUCUCACCCUGGUAACCACCGGUGGGCUGAACGUUUGGAAACUCAUCAACACCUUGAUGGACCCCAAAGGAGGGCCCGAAUACCUUCAAGACAUUGCAGAAGAGGAUCUCCUUCGCCUUUGCGAGUUGUCAUCGCGAGUCUUUCUGUCAGAAGCUCCAGUGCUACACGUCCCCGACGGCGUCGUGGUCUUUGGCUCCUUGAGUGGUGAAUUCCACCAACUGCGCCAUAUCUUUGCCACGUGUGGUGAUGUGUUGACCACACGCUAUGUGGGCUUGGGCAAUUACUGCAACAGGGGGGAGCACGGCAUUGAGACUUUGGGUUUGCUGUUCUCGUACAAAUGUAUGUUCCCUGAGAAUUUCAUUCUCUUGCGUGGCAAACAUGUCUGUGUGGUCCAAAAUCGGGUCCUUUGCGUCUGUUCGGGGCUCUCUUGUGAACAUGGUUUUGAUUUCUUGCAACGCCUCGAACGGCCCACGGACAUUCCGGACGAAGGAUUCUUGUGCGAUCUACUUUGGGCUGAGCCGGACCUCCACAUCGCAGGCUUCUCGGACAGCAUCCGAGAUGGCAACAAGUUUGGGCCGGACGUGGUGCAGAACUUCCUGCGAGCGAACAACUUUGAGAUGAUGUGUCGAACUGCUGUGGUGGAUGAAGGCUUCGAAUGGUUUGGAGAUACCAAGUUGGUCACCAUCAUCAGCGUUGCCAACUACGCGGGAGAAUUCAACAACAAGGGGGCUGUCAUGUUGAUCGACGACAACGGCAAUGCGACCUUCUCCGUUUUCGAGUCUGGAGCAGCUCCAAAAGCUCCACGGCAGCGCUCGUUGUCACCAUCAUCAGCUCCAGCAGCUCUAGCUCCGCUUGCCAAAGAUGCGGCGGGAUAG